AUGGAACUAUUACCCAACGAAGCUGGCGAUCUGUGCCAGGUCAUGGAAUACUGCGACGCAGGCAGUCUUCUCGACCUUUUAGAGCAAGUCAACAAAAUCUCACACGACGAAGCAGACUGCUUCACGAAACAACUUCUACAUGCAACGCAAUACAUCCACAGUGUUGGUGUGUCGCAUCGAAACCUAAAGCCCGAAAACAUACUUUUGACGCGGCAGGGGACUCUGAAAAUUACAGAUUUUGGCUGUGCGGAAUGUUUUAGAUUACCAUGGGCGAAGGCGGCGACGCCUCCAAAAACUCUUUCGGUGAUUCAGACUAGUCAGCAACAGGACUUGAAAGGGACGAUUGCAUAUAUGGCGCCAGAACAGUUUAGGAAGACGGCAUUUGAUCCUGUGGCGGGAGACAUGUGGGCUGUCGGGAUCGUGUAUUUUGCCAUGAGAUCUGGCCGACUACCCUGGAAAAGAGCUACAGAGGAAGAUUCUUUGUACCGCACAUAUUCAAGGGAAUUGGAGAAUGGACGGGGGAACAGAUACAUGGACCUUGUAGCGGGAGAAAUUCGCCGAGAUACACUCUAUUCAAUAUUGCAGCCAAAUCCUCAAUCAUCAUCUCGCUUGCCCGUCGCCAUCUUCGUUGGCACCGAAAGUCUUGCACUGGGUGAGGAAAUGGACAACAAGCCAUUGGAAGUCGAAAAAGAUAGUGAAGCUACCGAUGUCGAAGCAAAUCGUGCUGGUCGCAUCACUUUCCUCCCGGAUGAAAGAGACCAUGUCAGCCGACCCCGAACACAAGACAGAGGGAGUCGCAGUCGCCGCCGUUCUCUAAGCCGAUCUUCUAUUAACAGCACCCGCUCUCGCUCCGUUUCCGAGGUCCCCAUCGAAUUUCGACGUCUGAGUUAUCAGCUCUCAGAAUCUCAGAGAACUCGUGUUGUGGACGAUGAUGAAGACGAAGAGGAACCUCAUCUCGAGCCUGUCGAUCGCAGCACCAGCAAAAAAGACACAAAAGUCGACAACACUGAUGAGGCCUUUGCGAAUCUCGAGUUUCACAGUCUGCCUCCUGAGCUCCUAUGCAAGCAGCUCGGUGUCAGUGAUGCAGAUGGCCUCUCACCCUCCGCGGCCGCAGAGCGUCUUGCCCGUGACGGUCCCAACGCUCUUCCUCACCGACGUGAAAACUACCUCCUCAAACUCCUGACUUACGUCUUCGGCGGAUUCUGCUCCGUCCUCUGGAUCGGCGUUAUAAUCUUCUUCAUCUGCUGGCGCCCACUCGGCGAUCCAAAUCCUCAACCCUACAAUCUCGGUCUCGCUAUCCUCGUCCUCAUCGUUAUUUUCUUGCAGGCGUCCUUUUCCGCCUUCCAAGAUUGGUCGACUGCCAGAACAAUGAAGGCCAUUUUGGACCUUCUUCCUGCCGAAGCUCUCGUCGUGCGAUCUGGACAGUCCGUUCGUGUCCCAUCGUCCAGUCUAGUGGUGGGCGAUAUAGUCAAAAUAAGCAUCGGCAAUAAAGYCCCCGCCGAUAUGCGUCUGCUUACCACCUCUGGCGACGUACGAUUCGAUCGAUCCAUGUUGACCGGUGAAUCUGAAGAAGUCGAAGGAGUCACCAACCUGACCGAUGAGAAUUUCCUCGAAACCCGUAAUGUCGCCAUGAUGGGAACUUUAGUUACAAAUGGUACAGCCACUGGAGUUGUUGUACUGACAGGCAAGAACUCAGUCAUGGGCCACAUUGCACUUACUACAACAUCAGUCAAGAGCCAACCUACCCUCAUUCAACUCGAGAUCAGCCGCUUUGUCAGGAUCAUUGUCUGUAUGACUAUCUUCCUUGCUGCUUUGCUGUUGUGUACUUGGGCCGGCUGGCUGCGCAAGGAUCAUGCCGCUUUUAUGAAUGUCAUUGCAAUGCUGGACGAUGUCAUGGGUUGCGUGGUCGCGUUUAUCCCUGAAGGUAUGCCGGUGGGCGUUGCUCUGACGUUGAUGAUGAUUGCUCGGCGCAUGAAGAACAACAACAUCCUACCCAAGGGUCUGUCAACGGUUGAGACACUUGGAUGUGUCAAUGUCAUCUGUUCCGAUAAGACGGGAACAUUGACUGAGAACCGCAUGACGGUCGUCACAGUUGCGUUUGUGGAUGAGCGUAUGUCUGCAGAUGAUGCUGCUGUUGCUUAUAGAAGCUCAAAUACAGAGCCAAUCCGCGAACUGCUGAAAGCCGCUGCUAUCUGCAACGAUGGCACCUUUGAAGCCUCGACUCUCAACAUGCCAGCAAAGGACCGCCUCGUUCAGGGCAAUGCCACCGACGGCGCAUCACUCAAAUUCGUCGAUACGGUCGAAGAUGGUUCAUGCCAGAGAUUCAGAGAUAUCAGCCCCCGCGUAUUCGCCGUUCCUUUCAAUUCGUCCAACAAAUGGAUGCUCACACUCCACAAAUCUGAGUCCACCAACGAAAAGGGACACGAAAACCAGAUUGAGCAGAUCGACCGACCAAACUAUCUGCUGCUUGUUAAGGGUGCAUCGGACAUCCUCUUACCGCAUUGCACACAUUACUGGUCCUACAAGCAAAAUAGCAUUCAGACUCUCGACGACGACGCCAAAUUCCAACUCGCAACUCUGCAAGAGAAGAUGUCUCGCAACGCCGAACGAGUUAUCAUGCUCUGUCAACGAACAAUCACACCCAGCGAAACUCUAGGCUCAAAUGCCUUUAGCGACGAAAUUCGUGAAGAUGGACUUUCAGACUUGACGCUUAUCGGUUUACUAGGUAUCGUUGAUCCGCCACGUAAAGAGACUGCAUCAACCGUGGCAUCUUGUCGUCGGGCUGGUAUCCGUUUCCUCAUGGUCACUGGAGAUCUUGGUCUUACCGGAGCAGCGAUCGCGAGAGACGUUGGUAUUUUCUCCGGGUCCGCGGAUCCAGAUACUAUCCACACAAUUCUCAGCAAACGAGAUGAUGUCCAGGAGAGCAGCAGCACCGACGUCAACAGUGACUGGUCCCAGACGAGCCUCCUGCUUGAAGGCCCGUCUCUUUCUCAGCUCACGGAUGCCGACUGGGACAUUAUCUGCGGCUACCAAGAGAUCGUCUUCGGUCGUACGAUGCCCGAACAGAAACUGCGCAUUGUCAAUGAAUUCCGCUCACGCAACUACGUCGUCGCUGUCACCGGUGAUGGAGUCAACGAUGCACCCGCCAUGCGAGCCGCAGACGUCGGCAUCGCGGUCGUCUCAGGUAGUGACGUCGCCUUGGAAGCAGCCGAUCUCGUGCUCAUGGACAAAUUCGACUCGAUCGUCGAAGCCAUCCGCCUCGGUCGCCUCGUAUUCCAAAACUUGCAAAAAGUCAUCAGUUACCUCUUGCCUGCUGGAUCAUGGUCCGAGAUCUGGCCCGUGUUGAUGAACGUGUAUUUCGGUGUUCCGCUUCCACUCUCUUCAUUCCUCAUGAUUAUCAUCUGCGUCUUCACCGAUCUGUUCCUGUCGCUCUCCCUAAUCAUGGAACAAGAAGAAUUCGACCUCCUCGACCUUCCACCCCGCGAUCAUCGCAAAGACCAUUUGAUUAACAUCAAAGUCUACAUCCAAAGCUACCUCUUCAUCGGCGUCAUGGAGACAAUCGCAGCACACGCCAUGUUCUUCCUCUAUUUCUACAAACACGCCGGCAUCCCCUUCCACGCCCUCGUCUUCGCAUUCGAGUCCUACUCCGACGGGUUUUAUGGCUACACCGCCGACGAAUUGACAUACUUCAACACCGUAGGCCAAAGCGUCUACUUCAUCACCUUACUCUUCUUGCAAUGGGGCAAUAUCCUCAGUGUACGGAAUAAGCGUCUCUCAAUCCUUCAAGCUGACCCUAUACGCAAGGAGCGUCGCAAUCCGUGGUUGUUGGCUAGUGCUAUCAUCAGUCUUGCGAUUGCGAUCUUUGUCACCGAGGAGCCUGGCUUGCAGCAGAUCUUUGCGACGGCGUCGGCGCCGAUUGAGUUUUGGCUUUAUCCGAUUCCGAUGGCGUUGGGCAUCUUGAUGAUGGAUGAGAUUAGGAAGUUGGUUGUGAGGAUUUGGCCAGGAGGUUGGCUUGCGAAGAUUGCGUGGUGA